CUUUUGUAAAGGGUCACGUUGCGCUGCAGCAGUGAAACAGGAGACCGCACCGCAUCCCUUCGCACACUGCUCACCUGUUCUCUGCCCGCUCAGACAUCCAUCAGCAGCCACCAUGACUCACCAGUAUCCAGCACUGACUACUGAGCAGAAAAAGGAGCUCCAGGAAAUCGCUCAGAGGAUAGUCGCUCCAGGAAAGGGCAUCCUCGCAGCCGAUGAGUCCACCGGCAGCAUGGCGAAACGUCUGAACCCCAUUGGGGUUGAGAACACAGAGGAGAACAGGCGUCGCUAUCGCCAGCUGCUCUUCACAGCGGACCAGCGCAUCGACAACUGUAUCGGAGGGGUCAUCUUCUUCCAUGAAACCCUCUACCAGAACACAGACGAUGGCACUUCUUUUGCCAAGCUCAUCAAAGACCGCGGCAUUGUUGUCGGCAUCAAGGUGGACAAAGGUGUUGUGCCCCUGGCUGGAACAAAUGGAGAAACCACCACUCAGGGUCUUGAUGGACUGUCUGAGCGCUGCGCACAGUACAAGAAAGACGGUGCCGACUUCGCCAAGUGGCGUUGUGUGCUGAAGAUCAGCGAGACCACACCAUCUGAGCUGGCCAUCUUUGAGAAUGCUAAUGUACUGGCACGUUAUGCUAGCAUCUGCCAGCAGAAUGGUAUUGUUCCAAUUGUGGAGCCUGAGAUUCUUCCUGACGGAGACCAUGACCUGAAGCGUUGCCAGUACGUCACCGAGAAGGUCCUAGCUGCCGUGUACAAGUCUCUGUCAGACCACCAUGUGUACCUGGAGGGGACACUGCUGAAGCCCAACAUGGUCACAGCUGGACACUCCUGCCCCACCAAGUACAGCAGCGAGGAAAUCGCCAUGGCUACUGUCACUGCUCUGCGCCGCACCGUGCCUCCAGCUGUCACAGGAGUGACAUUCUUGUCAGGUGGCCAGUCCGAAGAGGAAGCCAGCGUGAACCUUAAUGCCAUUAACAACUGUCCACUGCUUAAGCCCUGGGCUUUGACCUUCUCCUACGGCCGCGCCCUGCAGGCCUCUGCUCUCCAAGCCUGGAGAGGAGAGUUGAACAACGAGAAGGCCGCCACCGAGGAGUUCAUCAAGCGUGCUGAGGCAAACGGCAAGGCUGCGCUCGGAAAGUACGAGUCUUCCGGAACUGCUGGCGCCGCAGGAAAGUCCCUCUACGUAGCUAAUCACGCCUACUAAACAUCAAAUUGCCAGAUUCAGCUGUGGCCUAGUUAUAGUCUUAUAUCUGCUCUGCUAUUCCCCCUCACUCCUCCAUCAAUCACAGGCCUGCGCUGUCUACUGUACUUUAUGUUAUCAGAGUUAUUAAAAUUACAUUAGUAGAUAUGUGUAUUUAAAAACAUAAUGUGAAACCAGAGUACUAAAGGGAACAGGCUUGUUUUUCUUUUUCUAUUGGGUCAAACAAAUCAAAACGGAGACAGUUUAUGACUGAAGUGGAAAACUGUUUCAUUUCAUGUCUAGCCUGUUAUUGGACUAGGCGAUUGGAAGUUAGUGGCCGCAAAAUUGUUAACAUUCGAUAUAAUAUAGAUAAUCAGUCAGUAUUUAUUUCAUGCCUCUUCUUAUGUGCGCCUGUCUCCACACCAGGUGCUUUCACUCUUUCUCCACCACUUGAUAAAUCUUGAACUGCUCCCAAAGCGGGCCAGAUCAGCAUAUGUGUGUCAGUGUUUUGCUUCUGUAAGAACAAAAUGUGGGCUUACUGUGCUAACGCUAUACUAACAUCCACACUGACAGUGGGACCAACCGAUUAUUCAUAGCAUCAGUACAUCUGGUUUAGAGGCAACAUGACAAGAAAUAUGGUGAAAAUGUGGACUGGCGUCAACCCUUUGAGCAAAAGCGCGGAGUGCUUGUUGUACUCUCAGACAACUGUAGCUCCAGCAGAGACACACUGUACUGUAAUAAACCACCACACACCAGGAGUCAUUCCUAAUAAUUCAUCCUAAUCUUUUUGUUUUUGAGCUAUUUAUCACAGUUAUUCCGAAACAAUCAUCUUGUGUGUCAGUUCUCAGUAUAACAUUAGCUUUAAAAUUCAUACGGUAAUUAAUGUAUUGAGUUGUGUGAAGGUGUCGAUAUUAUGUGAUGCUUGUGUGUCAUCCCCCCCUCCUGAUUUCCCCCUGCCUGCCCCAUGGGAAGAUCUGAUGAGUUUCUAUUGACGUACGCGUAAAGUCGCCCAACACAUGGGGUUAGCAGCAGGGAAACAGUCACUGCUGUGUUGGAAUCCUGUGAUGUUUGUGAUGUUAAUAUUGUUCUUGAAGCACUUGGUGUGUCAAAUAGUGGAGAAAAAUAAACAUUAAAAAUUAUCCAAGA